AUGAUGAUGAUGAUGAUGAUGAUGGUGAUUUCAUUUGUAAGCAACAAGUGCUACAUCAAGAGCAGCAUGAUCAGCGAGGGUUUUUGUCAUGCUGAAGAAGGGCAGCUUGUCAUGCGAUCGACGAAUAGAAGUGGAUGUGGAUCUGCACUAAGCACCGAGAAGCCCCUUCAGCUUGUGCUUGUCAACAAACCCCCGCUGUCGUCCCACGUGCAAGCAAAUCCAAAUCGGACUUCUCAGCAUCGCAAAUCCAAAUCAACUGGAUGCCUCCUAGCCCAGAUCGACAUUUGCAAUCGGCAUACGAUUUGA